AAUACGAUUUUCCUGAGAAAAUGACAGCAUCUGAAAAGCCCAGCACCAAAGGACAAGCAUGGUUCUGCACCACCGGAUUGCCAAGCGACAUUGUGGUAGAAGUGGAAGACAUGACCUUCCAUCUUCACAAGUUCCCUCUGAUGUCAAAAAGUCGAAAGAUUCACGACCUGAUUACAGAGCAAGAAACGAAUCAUUCCUCUGCUGCUAGAAUCCAACCUGCUGGCACAGAAACACAAUCUGUCCCCGAGGAAAUUGAGGAAGACGACGAAAUUGCUGAAGAACACUGUCAUAUAACAUUUGCAGACUUUCCCGGCGGCUCCGAGACCUUCGAGAUAGCUGCCAAGUUCUGCUACGGUGUCAAAAUCGACUUAUCCUCUUCCAAUGUGGUCUCUCUCCGCUGCGCUGGUGAGUUUCUUGAGAUGACAGAAGAGUACUCUGAAGAUAACCUCAUCUCCAAGACCGAGAAGUUUUUCUCUCAGUUUGUCCUCAAAAGCAUCAAGGACUCCAUUAGAGCGCUCAAGUCCUGUGAGAGAUUGAUGCCUCUGGCGGAGACAUUAGGCAUUACGCAGAUGUGUAUAGAUUCCGUUGUUGCCAGCGCCUCGUCAUCGGAUCCGGCAUUGAUUGGUUGGCCGCUGAGUGAUCCCGGAGCCAACGACGCAACAACUCGAGGUUCUGACUCGAAGCAGAUCUUGUGGAAUGCGAUUGGGACUGGUGGAAAGAGAAAAGGCGUAAGCAGAGGCGUUACAAGAGGAGACUCAUGGCUUGAGGAUCUGGCGCGCCUGAGUUUUCCUGUUUUCAAGCAACUCAUUCUGGCCCUGAAAAAUACGGAUACGAGACCGGAGGUAAUAGAGUGUUGUCUUCUGUAUUACGCAAAGAAACACAUUCCUGGUGUAUCAAGGUCGAGCCGGAAGUCCUUAACCUCAUCUUCGACGGCAGUUUCAGAGGCUCAACAGAAAGGGUUGCUGGAGACUAUAAUAUUGAAUCUUCCAUUGAAGAGUAGGUCCAAGUCCUCCGCAGCAACGAGGUUUCUGUUCGGAUUAUUGCGAACAGCCAAUAUAUUGAACGCAUCCGAAGUUUGCAGAGAUACAUUGGAGAAGAAGAUAGGUUCACAGCUAGAGGAAGCGACGCUGGACGACCUUCUCAUACCCAACUACUCGCAUUUGAACGAAACACUAUACGACGUAGAUUGUGUGGAGAGAAUGUUAGGUCAUUUCUUAGAGGGUUUAGAAGAAAGAAACGAUGCCGCAACAAUUGACGGCAGGUCGCCGACGUUAACGUUUGUGGGUAAACAAAUCGACGGCUAUCUUUCCGAGAUAGCUUCCGAUGCAAAUCUCAAACCAGAAAGGUUCUACAACUUCGCUCACUCUCUUCCCGAACAAGCCCGACUCUUCGACGAUGGUCUCUACCGUGCCAUAGAUAUCUAUCUCAAGGCACACCCACGGACAUCAGAAGCAGAACGCGAAAGGAUUUGCGGGUUGCUGGACUGUCAGAAGCUAACACUAGAGGCGUGCACGCACGCAGCGCAGAACGAAAGGCUCCCAUUGAGAGCAGUGAUCCAAGUACUGUUCUUCGAGCAGCUUCAGCUCCGGCACGCGGUGGCGGGGUCGUUCAUGUCAGCGGAAGCGGCGAUCGACGGCGGGAGGCCAUCUGGGGGCGGGAUGGAAGAGGAAGCACGUGAGAAGGAGGGGAGCGGCACGUGGAGCGUAGCGGAGAGAGAGAAUCAGGUGCUGCGGCUGGACAUGGAUAGCAUGAGGACGCGGGUGCAUCAGCUGGAGCGGGAGUGCUCCACCAUGAGGAAAGUGAUCGCGAAGAUUGACAACAAGGCGGGCCCACAAGGAGGCAGAGGCUGGAGGGCAUCCCUGGGGAAAAAGUUCGGGUGCAAAUUCAAAACGCAGGUUUGUGACUCCCGCGAACAGGCAGUGGUUGACACACGCAAGGGACGACCCCAUCAACACCAACCCCCCCAUGCCCAUGCCCAUAAUGAAUAACCUGCUGCUUAACGUCAC